GCGAAAGGCAUGGCGGAUAUAAGAGUGAUUCCUCUCGGUAAGACGAAAUGUCAUGUUAUGGGGAGCAAAGGUGCUGGUCAAGAUGUAGGUCGGAGCUGUAUUUUAGUUUCUCUCGGCGGUAAAAAUAUUAUGCUCGAUUGUGGAAUGCACAUGGGCUAUAACGACGAGCGUCGUUUCCCUGAUUUUUCUUUUAUUAUACAAAAGCACGACUUGACUGAAUAUAUCAACUGUGUCAUUAUAAGCCACUUUCAUCUUGACCAUUGCGGUGCUUUGCCUUAUAUGACAGAAAUGGUUGGUUACAAUGGUCCAAUUUAUAUGACGCAUCCUACUAAGGCCAUUUGUCCAAUUCUACUGGAUGACUAUCGACGCAUCAGUGUUGAGAGACGAGGUGAGCAAAAUUUCUUUACUGCUGAAAUGAUCCACCGCUGCAUGAAGAAGGUGAAGUGCGUAUACCUGCACCAAGCUGUAAAGGUCGAUGACGAUAUUGAGAUUCAGGCAUACUACGCAGGCCACGUGCUGGGUGCUGCAAUUUUCCACAUCAAAGUAGGGGAUAGGUCUUUAUUGUACACGGGUGACUACAAUAUGACUCCAGACCGGCAUUUGGGUGCUGCAUGGGUUCCAAGAUGUAGACCCGAUUUAUUGAUUACGGAGACCACUUAUGCUACUACCAUCCGCGAUUCCAAGCGUGCAAGGGAGCGCGAAUUCUUGGAAAAGGUUCACUCAAGACUCGAUGCUGGCGGGAAAGUUCUCAUUCCGGUCUUUGCUCUUGGUAGAGCUCAAGAACUCUGCAUCCUUCUCGAAACAUAUUGGGAACGAAUGAAUCUCUCCUUUCCUAUCUACUUUUCUACGGGAAUGGCCGAAAAAGCAACGGAAUUUUACAAGCUAUUCAUUUCGUGGACAAGUCAGAAAAUCAAGGAGACCUUUGUAGAACGAAAUAUGUUUGAUUUUAAACACGUUAAGCAUCUAACCCCAGAAGUUGUGGAUCAACCGGGUCCGAUGGUGGUUUUUGCCACCCCGGGUAUGCUUCAUGCCGGCCAAUCCCUUCACAUAUUUCGAAAGUGGGCUCCAGAUCCCAAGAAUAUGGUAAUUAUUCCCGGUUACUGCGUUUCUGGAACUGUUGGGUACAAGAUUCUGAAUGGAGCGAAAAGGCUGGAAUUCGAUAAGCAGAUAUUGGAAGUUUGUAUGCGUGUGGAGUACCUGUCCUUUUCUGCCCAUGCCGACGCUCGUGGCAUCAUGCAACUCAUCUCGCAGUGUCGUCCGGGGCAUGUCCUCCUAGUUCAUGGGGAAGCCUCCAAGAUGGAAUUCCUAAAAAGUCGCAUCGAAAGUGAGGCAGGGUUGGAGUGCUCCAUGCCAGCUAAUGGAGAAAUCGCCCUUGUACCAACACGCCCACACUGUGAAGUGGUCGCGUCAGUGGAUUUGCUCAAGAAGACUAUUGGCGAGUUGCCUUCCCUAAUUACAUAUUUCUACCUACAGCCACGAGGAGUUCUAAUGAGCCGUGAGGCAGCAUUGGCUAGUGUUGGUUUGAAGGAGCAUGCAAUGCUAUUUACUUCUGUUCAUGCGUUUGCUUCAACAGAGCCGAUAGAGGCACUUUUGAAACGUGCUGCAAGCCUUUGUCUUGCACUUGUACCGAAGGAGAAGAUAGACGCAGAUGAUGUGGGACUGAUUCUCUUCAAGCGGAUAUUCGUUGAUUUUGAAUCACCUCCAACAAAGAAUGGCGAGCAGAAUGAUAUCCUUUUGCGGGUCACGUUUACGCUUCAGGAUGAAGAAAUGGGUACUAAGGUUUUUGCGAAGUUAAGAGACGCCUUUACACGGACGUAG